AUGUCAAAGCACGCCAGGUCCUCUCGAGACGCCGAACUCGUCUUCCACGGCAACGGCACAGUCCUAAAGCCCAACCACAUAACGCGAUACAUCUACCCCUCACUCUGCGACUACCCCCUCGGCUGUCUACGUCUCCAACCCCCCGCCAACGCCUCUUCUCGCGCGCGCCCCCAAGGCUCCGGCUCCUGGGGCCCCGACGGCCACAACUUCCUGACAACCACCAACACGCCCUCGCCGCCCACGCACCCCGCCUUUCCCAACGAAGCCGCCUUCUGCCGCUGGUCGCGCUCCCACCUGGAAAAAGAAAAGAAAAGCUCUAAUCCACUUGCGCGCGCCAUGGCGAGGAUCUCAAAGUUCCCCGGCAACACGUUGCUCGAAAGCGGCAAGUUCCAGCUGCGGCGCGGCGAAAGCAUGGUGUAUGUGGUCAAGAGAACGAGCUGCGUGCUGCUGGAGGACACUGAGAAACAGGGGUUUGGCCGCGAGGAGGAGCGGUACAUGGUUGAGUGUGGGAAAUGGAGGGAGUGGAUGCCGCCCAUGAUUAAAGGGUUGGAGUACGAUUGCCGCGGCAAACUGCAACCCAACGAGGCAGACCCGCUCACAAAAUUCUUCCGCUGCAUGCACUGCAAGACGCUGAUCCCGCACACCAUCGACCGCACGAUGACGCUGCUCCCGCGCGAACUCAAUUUCUGGCGCUGGAAAAUCAGCAUGCGGCGCCUGGAAAAAGAAGCAACAGAGUACUGGCUUGUGCGCCUGCAAUCCCUGCCUCACAGCGGCUGGUUCCCCGAUAUACCGCCCGACUGGGACGCCGACCGCCAGGCACGCUGUAUCCGCGUCUACGUGCGGUAUGCCGACGCGGUAGCCUUCAUGGAGCAGGUUCCGAUCAAAGUGUGGAGUAUGCUUCCAUAUGGAUUUCGCCUCGACAAUCCCGUCGAGUCCGUGGAAGCGCGUGCGCUGCAUGAUGCGUUGAAAACCGCACUCCGGGCGCUAUCGAUCAGCAGGAAGACGUUCAAUACAAAGGAAAUAAUGGAGCACAUGCUGCGUGUGGGCAAGACAGCACUCAAGCCUGUAGUCGUGCAGGAUGCAAGCGCGCGGCUGGGUAAUCCCGUCACGCCGCCCGGGUACGAGGCGUAUCGCGAUUUUCUGUGUGAGUGGACGGCGAGGGGCGUCUUCAUGUGUCCGGUGGGCAGGAUGGAUCUAUUGGAGUUUAUGCAUAAGAUGGAGGUGAAUGCCGAGACGGCUUGGUGGAAGGAUGAGAGGGAUGUGUUUUUUGAUCCGUAG